UCUCUCUCUCUCUCUAUCUAUCUCGCUCUCUCUCUCUCUAUCUAUUUAUCUAUGUAUGAAUGUAGGUAUGGAUGGAUGGAUGGAUAUAUAUUGUCCUUCGUACACUCAGUGUCUCAUAUGAUUUUUAAGAUAAAACCACACCCAACUCAGCUUCUGAUUAAUACCAGAGAUGAUUUCCUGUCACAGUCAGGAAUCAGUUGAAUCAUAUUUGAUCAGAAGCUAAAGUAGAAGCACAGAGCUAAUCUGUGGCCAAGGUGAGAGAGUGAAACCUGAAUGCAUGCUCUUUGUCUCCCUCCACAGCUGCUUUGCCGAGUUACAUCAGGCCAGGCUUUCUGGAGGCACUAUUAAUGCUAAGAACAAGGAAAAUAAGAAAAUCCUACAAACAGUCAAGCGCUGUCUUUCCGUUGUCAAUGAGGACUAUGAGGAAGACUAUGAACAGGAUGCCCAUGAAUGUGUGUUGCUCCUCCUCUUUCAGCUGAAGGAGGAGGGUAUGGCAUUAAAGGGCUCACCAGAGCCAUACACCUGCCCCGUGAAGCAGUUAGAAUUCAAGCUGAAGACUUCCCGUACCUGCACCAGCUGUGGAGUUAUAGUGUAUGGUCAGGAGGAUUACAAUCACUUGUCCCUGAGCCUGAGCCAUUACCUGCCACACAGCCUGGACCUCUACUUUAAGCCAUCUGCGUUAGAGUGUGCAUGCAGGGUGUGCUCAGGCAGCAUGGCAUCUGUGACUAUGCACUUCCUCACGCUGCCCCGGGUCCUAAUGCUUCAUAUCAAGCGAUUUACUGCAGGCGACUGGGAGCCAAAGAAGGUGGAUGAUCCCAUGUCCAUCCCUGCAGAAAUAACCCUCCCAGCCGUAUGUGGGAAGACAGCCCAUGUCCAGUAUGGAGCCAGGUUGGUUUACACUCUGUUUGGGGACAUUGCACAUUGA